CGCAGAACAUCACAGUGGUUUCAGAGAAACGGACCUAUGAAUAUCAACCACUAUGCCAAUAAGAAGAGUGCUGCAGAGAGCAUGCUGGACAUUGCCCUGCUGAUGGCCAAUGCAUCCCAGCUAAAGGCCGUGAUGGAGCAAGGACCUUCUUUUUCCUUCUACAUCCCACUUAUCAUUCUUAUCAGCCUGUCUCUCACACUGCAAGUUAUGGUGGGAGUGCUUCUGAUAUUCCUUGUAAAAUAUGACCUUAACAACCCUGCGAAACAUGGAAAGCUGGAUUUCCUCAACAACCUUACAACUGGACUAGUGUUCAUUAUAGUAGUUGUGAAUAUUUUUAUCACUGCCUUCGGAGUGCAGAAGCCAGUUGCUGAAUCAGCAUCAAGACAGUAA